AUGGAAGUUAAGGAACAGCAGCUGGAAUAUGAACUCGCUGUUAACGUCUUCGGCGUAAUUUACAUGAUACAAACCGUUGUUGGCGCGGGUCGAAUGCCGAAAGGCGGCCGCAUCAUCAACAUCGACUCCAUCGCCUCGAAGGUUUUGAUUCCACCUCCUGUAUAUGGUGCGACAAAAGCUGCAAUGGAUGCUCUGAUAACGCUAUGGGCUGGCGAGGCAAGCUUUUCUUGA